AUGUCUGGGUUAAGGUUAGUUAAUGAGGUUCCAGAUGCUUUGACAAGACUAGUGCGGUGUAUAGUUAGUGGAUUUUGUUCAGUAGAAUGUUCGCUAGUUAUGGAUCUUCUCAUUCAUCAUCCUGGCAUUAAAGAAGAUGAUUUAUUGGAAAUUACCAAAUUUGACAAAAAGCAGUUGCGAUCCAUCGUUACCACUUUAAAACAAGACCAGUUUAUCCAUAGUCGAAUACAAAUGGAAACAGGUUCGGAUGGCAAAGCUACAAGGCAUAACUAUUAUUUUAUAAAUUAUAGUAUUUUUGUAAAUGUGGUUAAAUAUAAAUUGGAUCAAGUUCGUAGAAAAAUUGAAACCAUGGAGCGUGAUAUGACUAUUAGAGCAUCUUUCAGAUGUCCUAGAUGUCACAAAACUUUUACAGAUUUGGAGACUGGACAGUUAUUUGAUUCUGCAACACAAACUUAUAAUUGUACUUAUUGUCUUACAGAAGUUGAGGAAGAAGUCUAUGAUAAAAACCAUUUUGAUUCAAGAACUUUAAUGGCUAAGUUUAAUGAGCAGAUGGAACCAUUUUAUGACCUUUUAAGAGAAUUGGAUGGGAUUAAACUUUCAGAUACUUUGUUAGAUCCACCCUUAAUUAAAGAUGCUAAGACGAACAACAGGUAA